CGCCUCUUGAGCAAAUCUACUAUGCUAUAGCCAAUUCACCAUGUGUGGCAGCGGCCAUCUGAGGUCCGCCAGCAGCUUGAGCAAUCACAGAUGCCUGUCGAAGAGGCCCCAAACGACGAGGAUGUACGCCAAUCGUACAAUUUCGCGCCUGGGUACCAUGGACUGGUCUACCGAGCGGACGGCCCCGGUCUCGGUGAUCGGAAGGAGAAAGAGCCCGAUGUCAAAGAGGAAGCCAAAACAGAAAACACAGCAGACACCAAGUACAAGCUGCAGUCGAUGCAAUGGGGCCUGGUCCCUUUCUGGACGAAGCGCAACCCCGACUACGGCUCAAAGAUGAAGACCAUCAACUGCCGUGACGACUCACUGUUCGAAGAUCGCGGUAUGUGGACGACCAUGAAGAAGCAGAAGCGCUGUAUUAUAGUCGCACAAGGCUUCUACGAAUGGCUGAGGAAGAACAACGGCAAGGAAAAGAUACCACACUUCACCAAGCGCAAAGACGGGCAGCUCAUGUGCUUCGCUGGGCUUUGGGAUCGUGUUAAGUUCGAAGACAGCAACGAGCUAUUGUACACCUAUACCAUCAUCACAACUGACUCGAACAAGCAGCUCAAUUUUCUGCAUGAUCGAAUGCCGGUCAUACUCGAUAACGGCUCAGAGGCUAUACGGACAUGGCUGGACCCUACGCGCACAGAGUGGAGCAAGGAUCUUCAGUCGUUGCUGAAGCCAUAUGAGGGCGAACUUGAAUGCUACCCUGUCAGCAAGGACGUAGGCAAAGUGGGCAACAACUCACCUUCAUUCUUGAUACCUAUAGAUAGCGCCGAAAACAGGAACAACAUCGCCAACUUCUUUGGUAACCAAAGAAAGCUCGCGAAGAAGGCCGACAUCAAAGACUCUGACAAGACGGAGCAUGACUUGGAGAACUCCACGACUAAGGAUGGGCAUGCCAAAGUCGAACACGAUACCAAUGAGAGUCGUGACACUACAGACUACGUGGAGGGUUCAGAAGACAAUGCGUCGCUACCUCUUCCGGAAAAAUCGCUUUCUAAGGUUGAGGAAGUCCAACAAGGUAUUAAACGGGAGACAGAGGACGAAAGUGGCAUUGCAGGGGACAAGCACCUAGCAAAGCACAACAGGACGACCUCACCUCAGAAGCAUCCAUCUCCUGUCAAAACACCUCCAAGAAAGCAGGGUAUGCGCAGCGCCACGAGUAAUGGUAGUGCGGCGAAGACUCCAGCGAAGAGCGACGGCAACGCGAGGAUCACAUCCUUUUUCAGCAACAAGUGAGAGAGAUCCGAAAUACGCGCGUGGCUACCACAUCCUUGGAUCCAGCAAGUGCGAAGUUCAUUUCGCAACAUGCAUG